AUGUUUGCAAGCACAAUUAAACAUGGCGCUCGUCGUUGUUUAUCAACAGAUGUUUCGUUUUCUGCUCGAAUAUUAGAAGGAUUUCGUGGAAGUGUUGGAAAUACACCUUUAAUUCGUUUGCCAAAACUAAGUGAAGAAACUGGUUGUAAUAUACUUGUGAAAGCUGAAUAUCUUAAUCCAGGUGGUUCAAUUAAAGAUCGUGCUGCAUUAUUUUUAAUUCAAGAUGCACUUGAUAAAAAUAUAAUCAAAGAGGGUGCUACAAUUGUUGAAGGUACAGCUGGUAAUACAGGUAUUGGUUUAGCACAUCUUUGUAAUGCAUUGGGUUUUAAAUGUGUUAUUUUCAUGCCUAAUAAUCAAUCAAAAGCAAAAAUUGAUAUUCUUCGUCUAUUGGGUGCAGAAGUAACAACCGUUCCUGUUGUUCCAAUUACUGAUCCGAAUAAUUAUAAUCAUCAUGCUAAACGUUAUGCUGAACAACGUGAAAAUACAUUAUGGACAAAUCAAUUUGAUAAUCGUGCUAAUCGACGUGGUCAUUAUCUUACGACAGGACCAGAAAUUUGGACACAAACAAAUGGUAAAGUUAAUGCUGUAGUAAUGAGUACAGGUACUGGUGGAACAUUAGCUGGUGUUUGCAUGUAUUUAAAAGAAAAAAAUAAUAAAAUUCGAACUGUACUUGCUGAUCCACCCGGUAGUGUCUUAUAUAAUUAUAUUAAAUCAGGCAAACUUGAACGAAUGGGAGAUGCAUCAAUUACUGAAGGUAUUGGACAAGGUCGUGUUACACAAAAUUUAAAAGAUGCACCUAUUGAUGAAUCAUUAUUCAUCAGUGAUCAAAAGAGCGUUCAUAUGGUUUUUAAAUUAUUAUAUGAAGAAGGAUUUUUUGUUGGUGCUUCAUCAGGUUUAAAUGUAGCUGCAGCUGUUGAAUUAAGUCAAUCAAUGCCAAAAGGUUCCACGAUUGUAACAUGUAUUUGUGAUAAUGGACAGAAAUAUUUUAAUCGAUUAUUUAGUAAUGAUGAAUUAUCAAAACGAGGUCUCCUUGAUAGUGUACCUGAACAGUAUCGAAAAAACCUUUUUUAA